GUGGUUUCUACCGGCGGCGCGGACUGCACCGCCGCCGACCAUGCCUGCUGCCUCCCACCGUACUAAAAACGACGCGCGCGUGUAAAGCCAAGUAUAAACGACUUCUCCUCGCCUAUCAUUCUCUUCUCUCGUGCCGCGCACACGGUAGUAACCUACGAUGGUGAGUUAUUACCAAACCGAGCCGAUCCCGAAUCCAGUGACGGUAUCAGUGACGAGCGUGCUGCCGAAUUUGGAGACGAUGAACCCGGUGAAGAACCUUGUUUGCAGCCCGGACCUUCCGGUCUUUGGCUCGACGACAUGUACCACGGCUGCUGCCGUUACCGUCGAAAGUCUGACAAACUCGAACGAGGAGAAGGCUUACCAGUGUCUUCUCUGUCAGAAGAGCUUCGAUCAAAAAAGUUUGUAUCAGAGUCACCUGCGUUCGCAUGGUAAAGAGGGAGAGGAUCCUUAUCGGUGCAAUAUCUGUGAGAAAACGUUUGCGGUACCUGCACGUUUGACCAGGCAUUACAGGACUCACACGGGCGAGAAACCUUAUCAGUGCGAAUACUGCAGCAAGUCCUUCUCUGUGAAGGAAAAUCUUAGCGUUCAUCGACGGAUACAUACGAAGGAACGACCGUACAAGUGCGACGUUUGCGAGCGUGCCUUCGAGCACAGCGGCAAACUCCAUCGUCACAUGCGAAUCCACACGGGCGAACGUCCACACAAGUGUACAGUUUGCUCGAAGACGUUCAUACAAAGCGGCCAGCUGGUAAUACAUAUGCGUACACACACCGGCGAAAAACCUUAUGUAUGUAAGUCUUGCGGCAAGGGAUUCACCUGUUCGAAGCAGCUAAAGGUACACACUCGUACCCAUACCGGCGAAAAGCCUUAUACUUGCGAUAUAUGCGGCAAGUCUUUCGGAUAUAAUCACGUAUUGAAGCUCCAUCAAGUAGCCCAUUACGGUGAAAAGGUCUACAAGUGUACUCUCUGUCACGAAACAUUUGGCUCGAAGAAAACCAUGGAGCUUCACAUAAAAACACAUUCAGACUCACCUUCCUCAUCCUCGUCUUCAUCCUCUUCAUCUUCGUCCUCCUCUUCUUCUUCGUCCAGCGGAAUCUCUUCCGCCAGAGACUCACCGAUCGAAUCGAUCAUGGAGAUCUCACAAAGUAACUCCGUCGUUCCUAACGCACCAUCGCCUAUACCGAUCUGUGGCGGAAACAGCAAGGAACUUCCGCGUAAGAGCGCUGAGAACAUCCCAUGUAGUCCGAGCGAAGUUUAUCCGAAUCAACGAGAUUUCUCGUACUACGUUUUCCCAAGAGAACAGUAUCCUCAAUCAGUUUCCUCGAUAAACGGUCCAAUGAGCCUGUUAAAUGCAGGAGUCGAAGAAAGAUCGGUUCAUCAGAUUGCCAAUCUCGAACAACAGUCUCAUGUCUUCCUUUAUUCCGACAUAUCCUCGAGUCCUUACCCAAUAACCGAGUUUGCUUUUCCAAGCAGAGGAGGUGAGCCGAUGGUCGGUGAAUGUCCGUCCUUGCUGAAUCUACCCGGAAACGAUGCUCGUAGAAGAGUCGAGGCAGCUUUGGAGGCCGUCGAGGAAGAAAGACAACGAGAGUAUGGAAUGAACGUGAAAAAAGAGGAACAGAUACUUACGCCACCGAGCAGUAAUCCCGUCAGUCCAGCACCCUCGCCAGAUCCUCUCGAUCUCGCUAUACCUGUCAGGGAAACUUUGAUCUUACCACCAAGGAAACGUUGCAAAAUGAUUCUCGAAUCGAUGGAAAGCGAGAGAAGCGCGAGUCUCCUUGGCUCUCAAAGACAAAGUUCCGUUAUUCAUUUUGCACGUGCCUCAUAGUCAGAUGCGGUUAACUCCUAUAAAAAAAAAAGGGAAACCGAUGGAACUCUAUUCGCAAAGAAUGACGGCACCGUCCUCCGCAAAGACUCUAGUGAUAUUCCAUGUGAACUCUUUCGAGUGUGUAAUAUGAACGAACGAACAGAAAAAUUCAGUGUCUUCGAUAAUCAUAGUCAAUCCUUCGUCGGACACGUUGCCUUCUUCUAAACGCGUACAGAGUACAAAAACAAAAGUACGAAUUAGAACGGUGUAGCACAAAUUGUGUGUGAAAAGGAUUCGAUCGAAUACUUCGACGCUGAUAAGAUUUUAAAUAGGCACACGUGCGUCUGUUUUGAUAACGACUCGAAAUUAUCGAAUUUGCAAAAUUAUUAUCGACUAUAUGUAUGUACAUGUAUACAUACACAUGAGAUAUCUCUUCAUUUCUUCUUUUUAUGGUUUUUUAUUUUCUUUUUCACUCAUUGCCACGUGCAUACAAGUAUCUGUUUUAUCUACAAACGAAAUGAGCGACCGUAAGAUGCAAUGACGUGUCUUUUUAUUGAUAGAACGACCAUCUGAAAAGUAAUUCUUGGAAAGUAUAUAUGUCAGUGAAUUAAAGAAAAUGAGAAACUUUUUUAACGAUCGCUCGAAUUAAUCAUACUUCUAGCAAAUUAUUAAAUAUGAAUUAAUAUAUAUAUAUGUAUAUAUAUAAUAUAUAUACAAUAUGUAUAUAUAUCAUAUGUGUAUAUAUAUGUAUAUAUGUGUAUGUAUGUAUGUAUAUGUAUGUAUGUGUGUAUGUAUGUAUGUAUGUAUGUAUAUAUAUAUAUACAGAGAGAGAGAGAGAGAGAGAGAGAGAGAGAGAGAGAGAGAGAGAGAGAGAGAGAGAGAGAGAUACAUAUACAAGCAAGGCGAAUUUUGUUGAUCCUAAAAUAGACAGGGCAGUUUCUUCGAAGGAAGCUGCGUCACUACCUCGAGAAGCGUAUUGAUUCUUUUUGAGAAUAAUUUAUUCACCUCCUUCCGAGGGGGGGAAGAGUGUCAAGUUCUUUAAUGUUCGUACGAGUAUGAACUUCGUAUAUUAAUCUUCUUUCUCUUUCCACACUAAGUAAAUCUAAUAGUUUAAACUCAAACGGGCAUUCGUUUCUUGCCACGAUUUAUAAGACUGAUGUCAGUCUGUUACGAUUAAUACUUUGUCGUUCCACGAUACAGGUAUGUGUUAUACAUUAAUUACUUAUAUAUUAAUUAAACUACAACAACCACAAAAUGUGAAGAAAUAUGAAUAAUAUACAUUUAACGCACAAUAGUUUGCUCAAGUUUUGUCAUUUUUACAUCGAUACUUGUUUAAUGUAAUUUUAUCGUUCCUUAACAUUUCUUAACAUUGUCCAUUAUAUAUAGGUAUAUAUAUUAUAAUAUAUAUAUAUAUAUAUAUAUAUAUAUAUAUAUAUAUAUACACACACGUACGUACAUAAAGACGAUAUACAUUAGAAUUAAGUUGCCUUGCAUUUGCUACGACAAACGACUAUGUCGUAGACUCGAACGGUACUACUAUUACUAUCAAUGUUCUGCUAAAUUCCUGCCAACUGCAAUUUCUUAUUGCAAUAUUUUAAAUAUCCUUGACGUCAAGAGAAUACAGACUCUCGCACAAACUGCAAAGCAAAGAAAAAUAGUAGAUUUAAAUUUUAACGAUAUUUUGAUACAUAAUAAAAAGAAAGAUAUAAAAAAAAAAGAACAGAUAGAGAGACAAACAUCAUUCAUAUAAAAUGAUUUCGCAAAAAAAUUAUCGGGUACAACAAAGUAUUUAAGAUUUCGGGAAUCAUAAUAAUACGAUUAAAGCACCAAAUAAUAUUGUAUCACUGUGAUAAGAAUUUUGCACUACCUACGCUAUAUUAACAAGAAAAGAAAAAAAAAAAACAUAAGAAGAAGAGAACACACUGCCAGCAUAAAAAUGUACGCAUAUACAUACAACGCAUAUGGGCAUAUUGUGAAAUAAUCUUAUUAUAAUUAUAUAAGAAUACUUUCGUAUAGUACUAAUUUUACGGUUUAGAAUGCAUGUGUAAAUGCAGUAUGAGUAGGAGGAAGUUGUAAAACUUCGAUGAAAAAAAAAGAUGAUGAAAGGACAAAUUGCUUGGAAAAAGAGCGGCUAUUAAUACUUUGAAUACAAUUUUUACGAAGCUCUUAUGGAUAUUAAUGAAACAAAACAAAAAAAGAAUUUUCAUCGUUAAAUAUUUAUUGCCGCAAACAUACAUGCCAUUCGUUCUAUCAGCAUAUUCAUUUAUAGUUAUGUUACGACUAGCGCACAUCUUACCUAUAUUUCAAAAUCGCAGCAUUUUCACUAUAUCGUGAUAUAGGUAAAUAUGUAUAUAUUUCACAAUCAUUAUCAUGAUCAUCAUCGUUAUUAUUAUUAUUAUUAUUAUUAUUAUUAUUAUUAUUAUUAUUAUUAUUAUUAUUAUUAUUAUUACUAUUACUAUUUUUUUUUAUUAUUAUUACUAUCAUCAUCAUUAUUAUUAUAAUUAUUAUUCUUUGAUAUAUAUAUAUAUAUAUAUAUAUAUAUAUAUAUUCAUGCUUUCCUAUCGUCACACAUGAGUCACACAUGUAUCGACAAAUGCAAAAAAAAAGGUAUAAUUAGCAAGAGAAAAAAUGGUGAAGGUUGAUUAUAAUAACGUAUGAAAAACAACGUUUCUUCAUUUUGUAAAUGUUGUUAUGAAAUGAUAUUUCGAUUAAUUUCAUUGCAUUUUAAAACACACACACACACAUGCAAUUCCAAAUCCAAAAAAUACAUUCGGUUUUCUCUUUCUUUAUUUCUUCUUUUUCUUCUUCUUCCAUUUUUUUCAUCACAUUUCUUAUUCGCUUUUAUUUUUAUAUAAAUAAUAUUUAAUAUAUCAUUGCUCUCGAAAACAUUUAAUAUGUUUUUUUAUAAAUAUUUAUUUCUCGUUAGAUCUAGCAUCGUCCUGAGACAAAUGAUUCUGAUCGGAACAUUUGUUUUUCUCUUAAUUUUAUUGAAGUAACAUAUAAGUAUGUCCGUUUAGUAUCGUUGGUCUCUUAUUUAUAAUAAAAAUAAACAUGUGAAUUGUAUAGUCUUGGUGCCUCUUCAAAAAGUGUUUCUCUUUUUGUGUUUGCCCGUAUCUUGUGAAACAAAGCAUCGAUUGCUUCUUCCAGUGUUAAAAAAAAAAAAAGAAAAAAAAAGAAAGAAAAGAAAAGAAAAAAUAAUGGAUCACGUGGUAUAUGUCAAUUGAUCGCUAAUUUUUAAGUAUUAUAAGCGAUAUAACUCUAGCAUAAUAUAAUCGUUUAACGUAUUGAAAAAUAAUUUUUAAGAUGACGUUGAGGAUAAGAAGCAUGAUGCUUCGUAACGGCUGACGUAUGGAACUGAUUAUGUCUUUAACUUUAAUGUAUUGUUUAAGUAUAAUCAUAAUGAAGUUCGUUCGUAUAUGUCGACAAAUGAGUCUUUUGUUCCGUAAAAAGUAUAAUUAAGUUCAAUAAAUUUGUCGCACUACGUACUUGGACGCUUCAAAUAUUGUUCAAAAGGAAUUUUAUUUUGGCGCGUUCGUAAAUGUUCUUGUUAAAAAAUUAUUUCGAUUUUUAACAAGAGAGAAAAGCUUAAUAUACUUGCUAAAGGAAAAGGAAAAGAGAGAAAAAGAUAUGUAUGUAUCGAAUUCUUCAUUUCGAGAAUGAAAUUAGUGCAAUAUUGUUGUAAUUUGUACGGACACAAAAUAUAUAGUGCGAUUAAUAAGUUAUUUCGAGUUUUUCGAAUAUUGCGAAAGUAAUUUAUUUGAUCUGAUAUUAUCAUGAUAAUUUAAUUAUUUAAAUUUUAUUCGCGAUAAUUUGGAUAGAAAUGAAAGCAAAACCGAUUCCAAAUAAUAAUAAUAUAUUAUUUAAAAUAGAGAAUGAGACAAUAAACAGUGAUAUGACAUUCACAUUGAUGUGUUUUAACUUGUUAUUUUGAAAGUCAAUUAACUUUCAAGAAAGGAACUUUUACUCCCUCUUUUAUGAAAUAUUACAUACAAUGAUUAAUGUAUUUAUUACUAUUUUUACAUUUUUUAUAAUAAUAUUUUCAUCUUUCUCUUGUAUAAAUGAGACACAGUUUUUCCAUUAAAAAUUUUUUGAAACUUCAUUUUCGAAAGGUAGUAAAAGCAUACACAUCGCUCUGUAAAUGUUAUUAAAUAAUAACAAUCAGGUCAUUACAUGAGUCCUAUUAAGUAAUACCACAUACACGUAUAGCAUAUAUUAAUCUGUAUCUUUAGAAAAAAUUGUUCAUUAUAAUGUUAAAUAAAAAUAUUAUAUGUACACUACAA